UCUCAAAAGACUGUUACUCCAUCACCACUACCACCAUCACCUCUACCAAAACCAAAACAUAUCCUAGACCUAGAAAGACGCCUUGAUAGAGAGAUAGGCAAAACAAAGGUCAUUUUGGAAAACCCAGAAGCAUUUAUAUUUUUUUUAGCGAAGGGAAAAAAAACUUAAUUAAACGGUACCAUGUUUUUGUAGCAGCUAAUAACCUUAUUUUUUGUGUGUUCGUUGUUUCUUUUGUUUGGUUCCAAGGACGCAAGUAAUCAAUGACCAUGAAACCCCCUCGGACAUUGAUCUAAGUACUGUAAGUUCUCUCACACUCUCGCGUUCAAAAAGUGUUUCACUUUUCCUUCUGGCUCCAAAUCAAGAACACCAAAGCGCAACCAAAGGACAGGCUUGAUCUAGAGCGUGUAGAGAGACGACAACAGCAGCAGCAGUAUGGGUUGUUGUUACUCAAGAAUAGAGAGAGAAGAGAUGGUGUCAAGAUGCAAAGCAAGGAAGAGAUACAUGAAACAACUUGUCAAAGCAAGACAAUCUCUUUCUGCUUCACAUGCAAUGUACAUCCGUUCACUUCGCAGUACUGGAUCAGCCCUUCUUCAGUUCUCCAACACUGAAACCGACCUCCACCUCCACCACCACCACCAUCACCGCCGCCUCCCACCCAUCCAUCGCUCCCCACCACCACUACAACCCAACCCACCACCACCUCCCCCACCUCCCAUGAGCCCAAGCUCGGACACAUGGACAACCACAACCACCGCAACCGCUGCCUCCCCGCUUCCGCCCCCUCCCCCACCGCCUCCACCAGUGGUGGCGUCGAGUUGGGAUUUCUGGGACCCCUUUGUCCCUCCUCCGCCGAGGUCAAUGGAGGAGGAGGAGUGGGAGGAGGUGACCACCACCACCACUGCAUCGGAGAUGGUAGCGGUGGUCCCACCUUCGGUGGUUAGUGGGUUUUCGAAAGAGACUGCUAGUGGAAGUGGGAGUGAGCUUGCUAUGGUGGUUUCAAGAAAUAGUAAAGAUUUGGUGGAGAUCAUUAAAGAAGUCGAUGAAUAUUUUCUUAAAGCUGCUGAUGCUGGUGGUCAACUUUCUUGUGUUUUGGAAGUUUCAAGCCCUAACUUGUCAGCAAGUCAAAGCAAAGGAGGUAAAAGUUAUAAUUAUGGAUGCCGUUUGACCAGUCCAUCAUUGUGGACAUGGGGUUCAAGUUCAAAGCUUAAUGGGUUUGGAAAGAUUAGUGAGGAAAUGGUUGUUAGUCAUGGAGGAUGCGGGGGUGCAGCUCAUGUUAGUCAUUGUUCAACUUUGGAGAGACUAUGUGCCUGGGAGAAGAAGCUCUUCCUGGAGGUCAAGAAUGCCGAGAGUUUGAAAAUUGAGCAUGAGAAGAAGUUAGCAUUGCUGAGGAAGCUAGAGGUUAAGAGGGUUGAGUAUGUAAAGACGGAGAAGACCAAGAAAGAAGUAGAGAAGUUGCAGUCCCAGAUGAUGGUCGCCGCUCAGGGCAUCGAGUCCAUUUCCUCGGAAAUCAUCAAAUUAAGGGAGACAGAGCUUUACCCUCAACUCCUUGAGCUUGUAAAAGGGUCAAUGUGCAUGUGGAGAAGCAUGUACGAGUUGCACCAGGUCCAGACACACAUUGUUCAGCAGCUCAAAUAUCUCAACACAAUCCCAUCUACUGAGCCGACAUCUGAGAUUCAUAGGCAGUCGACUCUCCAGCUUGAGCUUGAGGUCCACCAAUGGCACCAAUCAUUUUGCAAUGUAGUCAAGGCUCAGCGGGAUUACAUUCAGUCCCUCACAGGCUGGCUGCGACUUAGCCUUUUCCAGUUCAGCAAAAACCCAAUUUCAAGAACCAGUCAGGAAUCAAGAAUUUAUUCCCUUUGUGAAGAAUGGCACCAUGCAGUUGAUCGGAUUCCUGACAAAGUGGCUUCUGAAGGAAUCAAGAGCUUCUUAGCAGUAAUUCAUGCUAUUGUAGUUCAACAAGCAGAAGAGCAUAAGCAAAAGAAGAAGUCAGAAUCUGCAUUCAAAGAGUUUGAGAAGAAGGCUGCUGAGCUUAGAUCGCUGGAGAGCAAGUAUGGUCCGUACUCGAUGCCUGAAACUCCUAGCACUACAAGGAAAAAAGACCCAGUUAUGGAGAAAAGAGCAAAGGUUGAGAUCUCGCGGGCAAAGGCAGAGGAAGAAAAGAGUAAGCAUGAAAAGUCAAUUAGCGUAACCAGGUCAAUGACAAUGAACAACCUCCAGAUGGGAUUCCCACAUGUUUUUCAGGCAAUGGUCGGAUUUUCGAGUGUGUGUAUGAAUGCUUUUGAAUCGCUAUACAAUCAAGCCAAGAAUGCUGACCAAGAGCAUGAUGUGAAGCGGCUAUUACCCUGAGAAAAGAACUGUAUUUAGGAUAAAGAAAGUAUUGGUCAUUAGUGUUCUGUAUAUAGAUAGGAAUCCUUUCGAGUAGAUGCGGAAUGUGGCUGAAGCCUGGAAAAGCAAACCACCUAUAGAUGGAAAAAUUAUCGAGGUCCAGAGCACAUAUGGAGGCCAGCAUGUGU